CACGAAUAUGAUAUCAUAGUAAAAAUAGACAUUGUAUCAUAUAUUUAUAUAAAGACCAUACAAGUCUUAAAACUUCCUAAUUUUUAGUAGAAGGACAGUUAACAAAAAUGGCUGAAAAAGCAAUAAGUAUGCUGUCACAAGCAAACCUAACCGAACUAAGAACAAAAGGAUACACCGUUGUUCCUGGAGUGAUAUCACCGGCUGACUGUGACAAAUUCAUUGACAAAUACAACCAAUGGUUACAGCAGUUUAACGGUCGUGGUUGGCCUAAAUCAAAUAAGGGUCUCAUUAGGGGUUACAACACUGGGUUUCUAGAACCAACUUGGGAAGUUCGGCUUCAAGCCAAAAAGGUGUUCUCGGAGUUGUGGAAGACUGAAAAACUCCUUACAAGCUUUGAUUCGAUUGCGAUUGGUCGACCCCCUGAGGAAGGGGAGGAGCCAUUCGAUGACGGAAGCACCCAUUGGCUGCAUCUGGACCAAGAAUCUACGAGGGAUGGGCUACAUGCUUAUCAGGGAGGAGUUUACCUUGAGGAGGCGUGUCAUGAUGACUGGACUCUACAGGUCAUGGAAAACUCCCAUAACGUGUUUGAGAAAUUCUUCCGGGACAAUCCCAAAGCUGCUCAAGUAUCCGCAGAAAAACAGUUCUUCCGACUGAAUCAGACUCAGGUGAAAUACUUUCAGAAAAAUGGAUGCAAAAUAGUGAGGGUCCCUGUGCCAAAAGGCGGACUGGUUCUCUGGGACUCCAGGUUGGUUCACGCUAAUGCCCAGCCGCUCGAAGGAAGAGAGAACCCUGGUCGAUGGAGAUAUGUCGUAUUUGUUUCUAUGACCCCAGCCAAGUGGGCAUCGCAAGCAGAAAUGGACUUAAAACGUAAUGCUUUCAUGGGUAUGAAGAUGACCAAUCACUGGUCUAGUGAGGGUAUGGGGCUGAUGACUGAAUCAGGGGCGAGUAAAUCUUAUCCAAAGUUUACGCCCGCUAUUGCCAGUGACCCUGUGGUACAGGAGUUAGCAGGAGUCACGCCAUAUGACUUUGACGAUGGACAGCCCAACGGGCCUCCAACACCGUUUACAAGACUCGCCCCAACGAAAAAAGUGAAUGAAAUGGACAGAUAUAUGUGAAGAAGUUUUCAUAACAUGGUGUUUAUACUGCAAUAUAGACUAUGAUAAUUUUAAUGUACUUCUAUAUUUUUGCUGUAUUAUAGAUUUGUUUUAGUUCAGUAUACUCAGCACUAAUAAAGAAUAUCAAUGCAGACAGAAUUGUACAUAAUCAUAUUCUCAAAAUUAUGUUAAAAUAAUUUCAAGUAUUAUGAAUUAUGUACAUAAAUAUGCAUAAAAAUAUAGUAUUAUUAUGAUAACAUUGCUAUGUUUUCUAUCCUCAAAAUACUGACAAAUGCGUAUUAUAAGAAAAAAACAUCAAAUUAAAAUGAAUGGCUUUAAAAUGUCUCCUUCA